AUGCCUGUCGUUCGAUAUGUCUCGACCGGCACUUCUGACGACUCCAGGAGCGACUCUUCGUCUUCCCCGCCGUCUUCAACUCCAACUUCCCUCGUUCUCCGCGACCACUUCUAUCCUGAAAUGUCGGGGAUUUAUCGUCGAGAUCCAGGCGUUGGCGGUGAUUCGCCUUCCUUCUCCACGAUUACCGGUUUCACCGGCAUUUCCAGUUCCACUGGCUUCUCUCGCUUCGUUCCGGAUGAGCCCGUGCCCAUCUUCUCGCUCGCAGUUCUCCCUGUGGCGCAGCCCAGCCUCCCUGACUACUCAAAGCGGGUGCCCUGUAUCGCCAGUCGCCCGAAUGCUGACCUCGGGUACGAGCAAGAUGAGCUAAGUCGACUACUCUUCGCACCUGGUAACCCAGCGUCUGGAACCGAGGAUUGGAUUACUCCCCCUCAAAUUCUUGUUGGUUUCCUCAACGCUCGUCACAUGGACUCGUCUCAUGAUGCCGACUUCUCUCAUCCUCGCGACGUGGAGCAGCUUCAUCCAUCUACCGGAGAGUUGUGGGCUGUGAAACGAAGACGUCUCGGAGCUCCACCACCUACUCCUCGAGUUCUUGCUGUAGAUUCAGGUCGUCCCGCGAACUCCUGGAGUAUCCAUCCUUCGUUCAGCGCACGAUCAACUGCCCGUGAUGAAGCUGAUCAAGAAGCUACUUGGCGCGUUGAGUCUGGAACUGUCGAUGCUGCCCUUGCCGUUGCAACUCAUCGUUCCGUCGGCACCGGGACUUCUUUGGGCUUUCCGGAUCUGCUCGCCCGCGAUGUUGAUUCCCUUCGCAGAGGUACAUCGCUUCUGGCUCCGAUUGAAACCCCUGUAAAAUCGCGAAAUUUGGCGUCUGCUAGUGAAGUUUCUCGUUUUUGCGAGACUUAUCGUCAUGACCGUGUUUAUCGUCAGCUCGGGUUGGAGCGGUAUCUUCCGGUUCUCGGCCACAAUCAGCCUAUCGACGAUACCUGCCACGCGCUGUUUCGCCCAACCCCUGACUCUCGGUUCACCGUACCACUUCUGCCGAAGUCAUCAUCGCUUGGUCUUCCCGGUCCCGACUACUAUCCUUGCGAGUGGCCUGAUCGCUUCUGCUCUGACCCUGACUACGCUGGAUACGACAUCGAGGAAGACAUACAAGCUGCUCGCGACGCGUUUGCUGCUGCCGGAGGCCAGAUGCAUGUGCUGGAGCAUACUCGAGUUCGUCACAACGUGGAGUUGUUUGAUCACUCUCGCGUCUACCGAACUGUAGUCGUAGUUCCUCCAGAUAAUGAUGUCCGAACGCAGGGCAAUCUUCUUCCUGAUCCGCUCGAAGUUGGCUUGUUCGAUCAGCUGACCAAAGGUGGCUACGCUGAUGCUUCUGUUCUUGAUCGUAUCGACUUCGGCAAGUCGCUCUGUACUCUAGGAUCUCCAACCGUUCUUGAUACUGCUACCGGAACUGGUUUCUUGUCCGAGCUGUUGGAUGAUCCACGUUACUGGGAUCCAGAGCGCGGUGUGACCCGUCUUGCCGAUUUGUUGUCGCCGAUUUUACGAUCACGGGACUGGUUCGACCCUUCUUCUCCUCUUUGGCGCCCCGAUAUCCAGCAGAUUCAUCAUCGGAACGACUGCUUGCACUGGGGUUAUCCGCUCACUGAGGGUCUCGGUGAGAAUCCCUUCGGAUACGAAGGUUUCACGUUGGCUGACACGAUCUUCGCUGCUUGUCGUCUUGAGCAUCUUUAUCCGAAGGAGACUGAUCGUCGGGUCAUCUGCUUGAUUCUUGGCUUGGAUGUGAACUCGAUUCGUCCACUGUUCCUCAUCUCGCCAUUUGAGAUGUAUCAGCUUCAGCUCGCCAACAUGAUCCGCCCUUACACGCUGGUCAAUCGAGAUGACGGUGACGUACCACGUGAUCCUGAGUGUCCUCUUGGACGAGAACGACUCCGGCUUCUCGAUGUUGGUCAUUGGUCGACCCAGGCGGCUGAUGUCGACGCACAUGGCUUAGGAGUCCUCGAAGUUGCCUUGAUUGGACUCUCCGUUCUUGCAGCUGAGUUCUCCCUGACGCCAAUCUGCUCUCUCGAUGGUGAACCGGCCUUCUAUUUUGAUCAUAGGGCGCGGUUUCAUGAUGGAUUGAUCCUCAGCGGUGGCAACGGUGGUCUCAAGCGAGGUGCUUCAUUUCUCGCAGCUCUACUUUGUGGCUGUCGCCCGUCCACCGAUGCUGAUCCGUCAACGAUUCGUGAUGGUGCUUCCGGUUCUGGAACAAGCAAGGAAGUGUCGGCUCCGAAGUGCUACUACGAUGCAACUACUGGACGCCGAUUCCCGCCCGUUCCGUCGUUGACUGGACUUCGUCCUGGCGAGUCCGUUGUGGCCCCGUACCAGUCCAAGUUCGUGCGAUCCACCGCUUUCUCCGACGAAGCCGAACCUAUUCGUCAUGUUGGCAUGACUGGCUACUCCUUGAAACGACUUGACGGUGGUGAGUCUUCCAGUCGAAUUCUUCUUGGAGUUCCUCGACUCACUUAUGUUCGUGAGUUUGAAGCAACCGGAGCCGCUGUGUACGCCACUGUGAAGCAUUUGCAGCAGAAGGGAUCGUACUCGAUGGGUGAAAGAACUUCCAACCGCUUCCCAUAUCAGCUUCUUCCUGCUAGUUUCCAGGAGUGGUACGCGGCUGGAGCUCAUUGUAAGUACUAUGGAGGUACAACUCGCGACGUUGUCGACACGAUUCUCGGUAUGUUAUCCGAUGCCGAACGUCUGACUCUCCACGGUGGUGAAUGUCUCUUCCCCUUGUUUCGAGGUCGAGAGUUCACUUCGGACGCCGUGCUACGUUCGCCAGGAGCUCGACUCGCGGCUUGUGUCACCGCUACGCUUCGGGGCUUGCCAAGUAUCAACUCGACGAACGUGGUGAUCCUGUCGGUCUCAAUGAAGAGGAGCGUGAAGCUCUGCUACGACGUAUUGAUGCUGAUAAAGCCUCAGCUCUUGUCCCUCUGGCGAAUCCAGCCGGAGAAACUGGAGGAACUGUUGAAUCCUCGACUGCUGAAGAUGAUUCGAACUUGGCCGAUUGAGCAUUAUGCUCAGUACUCCGACCUCAUCCAACUGAUGGUGUCCUCAACUGGUUUUCACCCAACUUCCGACUGUUCCAUCUCUACAGAAACUACCACGGCGGCGGCGAAGAAGCAAGAUGAAGAAAAAAAUUUGAAGAGAACUGUUCCUACUCUGUAG